AUGUUCGGUCGCGAUUCACCUGUCAGACCAUCUAUCCGAGAGCAAAUAGCCGCCAAAAGAGCUGAAUUUCAGAACUCACCCAUUGGUAAAAGACAAGCUGCAGCAUCUGCGGCUGCAUCAGCAUCAGCAUCAGCAGCGUCAGGAUAUAGUUCACCUGCUCCGAGAAGAACUGGCAAUGCUUCCACGUUCGCCGUUCCAGGGGGAUCUGAAUUAGCGGAUAAGACUAAAGAGGGUGAAAUCAAGAGAUCUAUCAGAUCCGGUAAACUCGAUUUGUGUUCAUUGUCACUUGAUAUCAUUCCACCCGAAGUAUAUACUACAUUACUUGGUAUACCAUCAGAAGAACUCUCAUCUCCACCAAUCAAAUCAAUCCCAUCAUCAGAUAUACCAAAAGGAUCAUUGAUAGAUCCAAAUGUCACACCCCCAAGAGGACUAGGUAAGGAUGAAGAAAAGGAAUUGGUGUUUGGUUCCAAAGUGAAAAGAAAGGAAGAAUGGAUCGAACCUGAAGAAUUAACAGCUUUCAGAAUCGCUGAAAAUAAUUUGAGAUCCAUCGAAAGAGAAAUUGGAAUGUUUGGUGGUUUGGAAAGAUUAGAUCUUAGUCGAAAUCAGCUGAAAGAACUUCCAGAUAGUGUAGCUGAUCUACUGAAACUGACCAGCUUGGAUUUAUCUUCAAAUUCAUUCACUUCUUUACCACGUCCAGUCCUCGUUUUGCCUUCACUUCAAGUCCUUGAUAUAUCCAAUAAUGCGAUUCACAAUAUAUCAUUCUCUGAUCCUAUCGGACCAUCAGAAGAUGGAUUAUCAUACGGAAUAGGAUUUUUCACUACUUCAUUUGAACGUCAAGCACAGUUGAAAGCCCUCAAACCUAUUUUCCCAGUGUUAAGAUCAUUCAAUAUCAGUCAUAACAAAUUGACUGUUCCCGGUUUAAUCGAAUUGUCAAAACCGAAAAAUACAAAUGGAAAUGUAAUCAAAUUGGAAGCUAUGUUAGUGUUGAAUCUUGAAAAUAACAAUCUUCAAGGUACAUUAGAUUAUAAAGAAAUCGGUUUAACACCUGAUAAAAUGCCUUUCUUAACUUCUUUGAUCUUAAGUAGGAAUACAAAUUUAAGAGGUACCAAUGGAUCUUUAGCCAAAACUGCCAAAAUCGAAUUAUCAGGUUGUAAUUUAAGGCAAGGUACACCUCAACCAGAAUCACAAACGACCACUACGGAAGAGAAUCAAUCUAUACCACAAGAUGAUGAUGCGAGUACCGCUGUGAAUACAUCGUCACCCAAAGAAUCAACGAAAUCAAUACCGAAUCCAAAUCUAACAUUGGUUUAUAGAACUUUGCCGGCAGCUACUUUCGAUUCUGAACCAUUACCUAUUGAUUUCGAUAUAUACCUACCUCCAAAUUCAACACCAUCCAAGGCGGGUCAUCCUUUGGUCAUCUGGUUUCACGGCGGUGGACUAUUACAAGGUAAUAAAGAGAAUUUACCUCCUCAUUUUAGAAGACUACCUUCUCAUCCAUUCAUUGACAGUAAGGGAGAAGAAGAAAAUGUCAUUGUGAUUUCACCGAAUUAUAGACUGGCACCUCAGACUCCAAUCUUGGAUAUCCUAGAUGAUGUAACACAUCUCAUAACAUAUAUCAAAACGAAACUGAAUGAUCGACUGAAGAAAGAAGAUAAAGAUUACUCGAUUGAUGUGAAUAGGAUUUGUUUGUCAGGUGGAUCAGCAGGUGGUUACUUAGCUUUAAUAGCUGGAUUAAAUGUACCUGCAAAUCUAAACGAAGAAGAUAUAGGUGGAUACAGAGGGUUGAAGGAUAAAAAUGGAAUUACAUGUCUAGCCCCGUUUUAUCCUAUUACUGAUUUGACUGAUAAGUUCUGGGCGACUGAAACGGAUCCUGUACCAUGGAUGGGGACUAGCGUCCCUCAUUCAGACGCAAAACCACAUUUGAAUCCUAAAUCACCUCCUAUAUGCUCAACACCUUCAGGUGGACCAAGAUCAAUACUUUAUCCAUACAUGCUACAACAUGGUUUAUUCCCCGGGUUAUUAUUCCAAUCUCAGAAAUCGGUCGGAUACGGUCUAGACGCAUUUCGUCCUUCCCCUUUAUCACUGUCUGUCCCACAUCGACUAGAUCUAGCAAACCAAAAAAAUCUGAAACAACCGCCAAUCUACUUCUUGUACGGCACAAUCGAUGAUAAAGUUCAACCAAUGCAAAGUACGCUACAAUCUCUGGAAAAAUCAGAUUGUCAUUUAACAGUGAAAAAAGUCGAAGGAGGUGAUCAUGCCUUUGAUGAAGAUCCUGAAGUUGAAUGUGAAGAUUUCAAAGCAUGGUUAGGGGAGACACUGAUUUAA